UGGACGCUUAGUCGGAGGGACGCCGCGCUCACGUGACCGAGCAGAAUAGUCAUCCUGCGCCACCUUUUUUUCGCUGGGUAGCAAGAACGCGCUCCGCUCCUCGUCCCGGAAUUGCCAGAUCCUCAAUCCGCGAUUUUCCCAAUUUUGCGCAUCGUGGCCAUCAUUGGUCGUCGAUAACCGGCCUGGACCAUCUUCAGGCUUGCCAGAGUAUUUGCACACUUGACAAAGUCAACAAAGAGCGCCCAUCUAGGACCGCGCGCUUGCCACACAGCUUCAUACCACCCCCCCCGGCCCUUUGGGCGACCCAUUCGUCUUCCAGCCACCCCGUGCUCCUUCCCUUCGGUCGCGACAUCCCAGCGAGCUCUUUGCACCAACGUCAUUCGUCUCGGACACCAUCAAUCGAGAUCGCAUCACUCCGAUCACUCUCAUACCCGCGAUAACAUCACCGCACUCGCGUUUGCGACUCCGAACCUCCUACUACACCAAUUAUGUCCACUUCGCGCAAGCGCCCUCGCGCCGAGGUCGAGGAAAACAAGGCCGAAUGCCCCUUCAGCAUCACCUACGCCGAACCCGACAUCAAGGCACAGAAGAAAUCCAAGAAGAGGAGGAAACCAGAGCAAGAAGAGGAAGAUGGGAAGAAGAGCUCCAAGCAACUCUCUCCCUUCUCCCCUUCCGGCGACUUCAACGGCAAGAGCGCUAACGAUGUUCUGGACUUGGAAUACCAUGUGCAUCCGCAGAAGAAGUGGUUGGAGAUGACACGAUACAACAGCUUCGUCCUAAACGGGACGAAGUAUUUCAGUGAAGGCUUUAUCUACGUCGCAAACGACCAGACAGUCCAACGUCAAAAGGCCGCAGCGGAAGGCUCGACAGAUGCCAACGAGCCUGAGAAGGUCCUGAAGCGGUCCAAGUCCGAAGACGACUGGGUAGCGCGCAUUCUGGAGAUCCGCGCUAGUGAUGAACACCACGUCUAUGCGCGCAUAUACUGGAUGUACUGGCCGGAGGAGCUGCCCGAGGGCACGAUGGAAGGAAAGAGAUACACGGGAGGUCGUCAGCCGUACCACGGCCACAACGAGCUCAUUGCUUCCAACCAUAUGGACAUCAUCAACGUCGUUAGUGUGACAUUGCCCGCCACCGUCAAGCAAUGGAUUGAGGAGAACGACGACGAGAUUCAGGAGGCCCUCUAUUGGCGUCAGGCCUUUGACUGUCGCACCCAGCAGCUCUCGUCAGUUGAACGCACCUGCAAAUGCCGACAGCCCGCCAACCCGGAUAAGACCCUCGUCGGGUGCUCCAACAAGGAAUGCGGAAAGUGGCUACACGAGCACUGUCUUCGAGAAGAAACCCUGAUGCGAACAUACGAGCGACUUGGCAAGGACAAGCCCCACUUCACCGCGAAACCCCCGACAGACGGAACAGCGUCGGUCGCUGAGAGCGACAAGGUCAAGGAAGAAAAGCCGCUUGACGAUGGUGUAAACGAACCCCUCAGCCCUACCGAGAGCGGUGCCGAUGUGAAGCAAACAAUCGAUGCCAAGCCGAGCGAUGCGCUGGAAGAGACCAACGGGCAGUCAGUAACCGAGGGAACGCCUGCGGUUGUCGAUGAGCGCGUUUCGCAACCACCCACAACUCCUGCCACACCGACCGUACCCGAGGUGUCGGCAGCGACGUCGUCACGCAAGGUGAGAUCCUUCAAGAAGAAGCCAACUUCCGCCGACGUAAAGCCGUGGGAGGGCUUGUUCGAGGCGAGAAUCUUGAUGGACAUGACCCCAUCGACGAUUGAAAUCAGGGAUCUUCGAGAGAAUGUCACUGAAGGCGAGAAGGUGUGGACUGAGCCGCUGCUCUGCGUCGUUUGCGGAGUGGGAAUCAGCUAAAUAAUCGGCCUCUCCGUGACUGCCAAAUUACCGAUCGAUCUCUCGAAUUAUGGGUCAUUUUACAACCCGCCAACGCGACGAUGGGGUGCCGAGCUUCACUUCUCGAUGUACUUAUUCCAGCAGGCACUUUAUUCAACACACCGGAGCGGUGACUUAGGAAGUGCUGCUGUUUUGCUUAUGACGAUUUCCAAUAUGAUUGGGGUUCGUAAACCGACCCUGAAGACAAGUAUGGGGAGAGGAAUACAUGCCAAGAGGCAUGUUGCAGGGGAUGAGAGAGGACAGGUCUGGGCAGGCGGGGGCGAGACCUGGACAGCUGAAGGCGAGUCUCGAGGAUGAAGACUGGUUAUUCGGGUGUGGCUGGAGUGCAGUUUUAUUUUUCGCGCGAGGCGUUGGCGAAUGGAGGGGGGAUUCAUCUCGCAACUGAGUGAGGUUGGCAUAAGGAAUUGGUCUUGGUGUAUUCUCAAGAGACAGACAGAAGGACGCCAACAAAAGGGGACGCAAAAGGCGAACAAGGCCAGCAGAGCGGCCAAUCUGGAGACCAGAGUCUUGCGAGCAGUUUCCUAGAGCUUACAUGGUUUGUGGUCAAA